AUGGUUGAAAGGUGGGAUAUUGCAAGAUUUUAAAAUGAUCAUCCUAAUAGUUUUGAUAAAUUAGGUUAGUAAUUCAUAGAUGAAAUCCAAAUAAACAUAAGGGAAAUAAAUGAUCUGUUCUGUUAAAGAUAGUUUUCUAAAUCAUUAAACAAUUUUACUGAUAUCUCUUGUUAAAGCAAGAAAGUCUCUGCAUUAUCAUUAGGUGAGGCUGCAAAUAAUUUAAAAACAUUUUUAGACAAAUAUAUGGAAGUGGUAGAAGGAAUUAUACAAUAAGGAGAUAAUUUUGAUUACGAAUAAGAGCGAAGUGCAGCUUUUUCAUUGAUUAGCUUGAUGGAGAUUGCAAGAGAUACGAUUAAUGAUUGGUAAAUUUUUAGAAAUUAGCCUUAAUUGCCAGAUUUGUUUGCAAAAGAAAUCAAAUAAUUAAGAGACACUUAUAAUGACUUACCAAAUCAAGAUUGUUAAAUUUGUUAACUUUGUUCUUUUUGUUAACUUAUAUGA